AGAGUUUCAUCUCUCCAAACAUUCGUUUCCCUCAAACAACACACAUUCGCUCUUCAACAACAACAACAACAAAAAACAAACCUUCAAAAUGCGUACCUUCUCCGCUAUGAUCGUCGGCAUGGCCUCCAUGGCCGCCGCCAGCAACGUCUACAGCGCCCCUGAGUCCGCUGCCGCUUACCCGGCUGCCCCUUCGAACCCUCCCUACCCCGUCGACGGGUACCAGGACUGGGAGCACGAGGACAACGACGAGUACAACAAGCACGGCUGGCAGUACUCUGCUUACUCUACUCCUUCUUACAGUGCUCCUUCUUACUCUUACGCGACCCCUUCGUACUCCGUUCCCAGCAAGAGCGAGGAGUACAAGACCUGGGAGCACAAGGCCACCACGACCAACACUUGGGAGCACAAGGAGACUUCUACUAGCAAGACUUGGGAGCACAAGGAAACUUCCACAAGCAAGACUUGGGAGCACAAGGAGACUUCCACAAGCAAGACUUGGGCUCCCAAGGAGACCAAGAGCGAGUAUGAGAAGGCCACUACCACGACCAAGAUCGUCUCGCAGUACACCACCUACUGCCCGGAGCCCACCGUUGUGACUGUCAACGAGAAGCAGUACACCGUCACCAAGGCCACCACGCUGACCAUCACCGACUGCCCGUGCACCAUCGUCGAGCCUUGCCCGACCGAGACCGCCAAGCCUCCUCCUCCUCCUCCCAAGUACACGGACGGCAAGCACGACGAGGGCAAGCCUGCUCCCCCUCCCCCCGGCCCUCCCAAGCCCCCUCCCGUUAUUGUCAGCGGUGCUUCCAGCUCCUUUGUCCACGUCGGUGCUGCCGUCUUUGGCGCCAUCGUCGUUGGCGUCCUCGCUCUGUAAGGGGAUAUCUGCUGCUGCCAGGGAAAGCUUGUGGAAUAGGAUGAUGAUGAAGAGAUGGUUGACGCAGAGGAUGAACAUGAUGAGGAUUAACAAGGAAUUCAUGCUUGGAAAGGAGUCUUCUAUGUGGCCCUCUUUGCUGGGGAGAUUGGGGUUUAGGUUUUCCUUCUUCUU